CCAUCAAUUCAUGGUUUUCUGGAACACUUUGAUAACACUUUAAAUCCGAAAGAUCUUACUAGAACAAAUUAACAAUGGCACCCACAGGCACAACCCUCUUUCUUAUACUAGUCCACAUUUGGUUUUGCACCUUAUUAUUCAUUUCCAACACAUGCAAAGCCACAAGGCCUACACCAAAAUUCCCAGCCAUUCUAGUCUUUGGGGAUUCAACAGUGGACACAGGCAACAACAAUUACCUCAAAACAUUGUUUAAGGGUAACCAUAAUCCAUAUGGCCAAGAUUUUCCAGGUCAUGUUACUACAGGCAGGUUUUCUAAUGGAAAAUUGGUUCCCGACUUCCUUGCCUCCAUGUUAAACAUCAAGGAAACUGUUCCUCCUUUUCUUGAUCCGAGCCUCUCGGAUAACAACCUUGUCACCGGUGUCAGCUUUGCUUCGGGUGGAUCCGGAUUCGACGAUAUUACAGGUAGCGUAGGUGGGAUCAUUCCAUUUUCAAAGCAGGUUGAGUACUUCAAGAGAUACAUAGUGAGAGUCCAAGGUAUUGUAGGGGAAAAGGAGGCAAAGAAGUUAAUUAGUAGUGCAGUGGUUGUGAUCAGUGCUGGGACUAAUGACUUUGGUUUUAAUUUCUAUGACAUCCCCACAAGAAGGUUAGAGUUCAAUAUUAGUGGCUACCAAGAUUUUCUGCAGAAUAAACUGCAUAUAUUCAUAGAGGAACUUUAUGAGCUUGGAUGCAGAAGAAUGGCUAUAGCUGGGCUUCCUCCAAUAGGUUGCCUACCCAUACAAAUAACUGUAAAAUUUGAAAGUCCACAUGAUAGAAGAUGUAUAGAGGAAGAAAAUUUGGAUGCACUUGUAUACAAUAAGAAGCUUGCAAGGCUCUUGCCCAAAAUACAAUCACUGCUGCCAAGCAGCAAAAUUGUGUAUGCAGACGUGUAUAUGCCUUUCAUUGACAUGAUCAAUAAUCCACUAAACUUUGGUUUUCUGGAAACAAAAAGAGGCUGCUGUGGUACUGGGUUAGUGGAAGUAGGACCCUCCUGUAAUUCAUUAACAGCAGUAUGUGAUAAUGUCUUGGAGUACUUGUUUUGGGAUAGCAUACAUCCAAGUCAAGCAGCAUAUCUCUACAUUUCAAAAUACCUGGAGAAGAAAAUCAUUUCCGAGCUUCUUGAUUACGAUAAUCAAUCAUAGCCGUUAGUUACUCUAUUUGAUCAGAAAGGAUGACAGUGAAGAACAAGUUGCACACCUUGCAUAGCAAGGAAAAGGAACUCGACGAUGCAGUGCUGAUUAAGUUUACAUUAUAUUAUGGAUUUCUUAAUUUAGAAGCGAAGACGUGAUAAAGUAGAUUUGAUGCAAUUUGUAAUGACAUGAACAGAACCUGUCAUCGAGUAGUUGUAAAACUGGUUUCUCAUUUCUAGGCCAAAAUGCAACCUCCCUGACUCAUAUGAGCACUACUGAAUGUGUCAUUAUUAUUUCUUGUA